AUGGCGAACGCCGCGGCGACGCUGCCGCAGGUGGAAACGCAAUGGCUCUUCCAGAAGGAGGACCUGGCGCAGACGCCGAGCGUGACGGGCGUGAGUGAUGGGUCGCGCCGCGCCGCAUCGCCGCACAAGGUGCCGACGCUCACACCGACGCAGGAGCGCGUCCUGCGCGGAAAGGGCGUGCACCUCAUCUUCAAGAUGGGCGAGUUUUUGCAGCUGGGCCAGCAUGUCAUGACGACCGCGGUGACGUACUUCCACCGCUUCUUUAUGCGGCGCGCGCUGCAGGUCUCGCGCUCGGGACAGGGCUGGUCGCACUAUGAAAUUGCCGCCGCGUGCGUCUUUCUCGCAUGCAAGGUGGAAGAGGCGCUGCGCAAGCUCCCGGCCGUCGUCGAUGCGGCUAUGUCCUCGCUGGACAAGUCGCACGAGGGGCAGAUGCGCUGGGCUGACCGCUCCUACCGCGCGAAUCCGACGUCGCACGAGUGCCAGAAAUGGCGCGACUGCAUCCUCCUGCACGAAGAGGCGCUCCUGACGACACUGUGCUUUGACCUCGUCGUCCCGCAGCCCCACGAAGUUCUGGUGCGGGCCACACAGAGCCUCGAGGUCGAGCGCCCGGUCGCGCGCCUCGCGUGGUGCAUCUUAAACGACUGCUUGCGCGACCCGACGUUUGUCCUGUUUGACGCGCCGGUCGUUGCGGCAGGCGCGUUCAAAAAGGCGUGCGCGCUGCGCAGCAUCGACCCGGCCAUGUACUAUGCCGCGCGCCCACGCGACGCGCCCCCGGUCACGCCGGAGGAAAACUACCUCGACUGGCUCGAUGUGUUUGACGUCGACGAGGACGAGGCCCAGGCGGCGAUGACGGCGAUCGACCAGGACGUGUACGACUUUCAUAUGCCUUUGCAGCACCAGCGUGCACACAAGGGCGAAAAGAGCGACAAGGAGCUCAAGGCACGAGGCGGCGCACUGGACGUGGCGACGCCCGAGCGGUCGGCGGAGCCGCCCGAGCGGCCGGCGGAGCCUGCGCCCCGGAAACGCUCCGGAUCGCAGUCGUCCCGCGAGUCUGGCGAGAUAUCUAGUUAG